AUGGAUAAUUGGAUAAGUGCGGUGCUGAACUCACUGGUAGUGCCAUUGGCAAGUGGGGCAGUGGAUGCAUUGCCUAAGAUUGUGAGUUAUUCUGAUCCAUUACUUAGUCAAAUACUUGCGGCCAAAAAGGUCGCCAAUAAAUCAUUGAUUGAAUUAUUGAUUGCUGCUUGUGAUGGUGAUCUUGUAACUUUGGAAAGUGUUUUACGUAGUAAUCCUCAGUUGGUGAAUAAGUUACAUCCUGAUGAGAAUAAAGGUAUAACAGCAUUGAUCUAUGCCAUUUGUUUCAAUAAUUAUGAUAUUGCUGAAGCUUUAUUAUCGGGUCAUGAUGCUGAUCCUGAUUUACAUGAUACUAUUCUUAAUUAUACUCCAUUAAUGUGGGCUGUCUAUUUAAAUCAAUUGAAUAUGGUCAAAUUAUUAUUGAAUUAUCAAGCUGAUCCUUAUUUGGAUCCUAAAGAAGAUGGUAAAAAUGCCAUUUCUCUUGUCAUCCCUUCAAAUGUUCAAAUGUAUGAAUAUUUCUCUUUACAUAAUCUUUUAAAGAAAGGUGGUGAAGGGAAUGAUUCGGAAAUUGGAAAUGAUUCUUAUUAUAAUUCAUCUUCAUUUGGAGGUCAAGAUGAAGAUUUAGAUGAUUUAACCAAUAAAUUAAAAUUACAACGUCUUGGUGCAUAUUCAGAAGUUCAAGUUCAAGAAGAUGAAGUUAAUGUUGAAGAUGAUGAAUAUACUUUAUCCAAGGAUCCGGUAAUCCCAUUAUUAGAUGAAUUUGAUUAUGAAAAAUUACUUCCUGAACAAUUCUUAAAGUUCACUGAUAGUGAUAUUCCAUCAUUAUUAGAAUAUAUUUUCAAUCUUAGAAGUUCUAAAAUUCAGUUUCAACAUGAUACGAAAAUCCCAGCAGCCAUAAUAUUUCAAUUAGUUCGAUAUUCUCAUUUUAAAGUGGAUAGUAAUGAAUUAACCGAGUUCUUAUUCGAAUGCUUUACAGCUAGAUUAAGAUCAGUAACAAAUACCAAAUCAGGAGUAUUCAAUAUGGCUAUCCAAGAAAACAAUAAUGGGAAUACCAAUGGUAGUGUAACUGCUGCUUCUGCUGCUGGUGGAGCAGGUGAUAUUGUAUUAUUAAGUUAUUGGCUUUCAGUCAUUCAAUUUUUGCAUUUUUAUUUUGCUAAAAGUGAAAUUUAUACCAAAUUUCCAAAAUUUUUACAAGAAAUUAUUAAUAUAGUUCAAUCAUUGAUUGCUACCUUAUCAUUUUCAAUCAAUUCAAGAUUGAAUAUUCUUAUUGAUGAUUGUUUAUUAGACUUUACCAAUUUAGUCGAUGUUUCCAAUGUAUUAUACGCCAAGGAUUGGAAUUUAUUUAAAAAGAGUAAAAAACAUCCCAACACUUAUGAUGAUAUCUUUGAUAUGUUAUACCCUCCUAAUCAAAAUGAAUUAAUGAAACCUUCUCCAAUUAGAUAUGUUCAAGUUCUUGGUGCCUUAGAUUAUGUGUUAAAAAUCCAUAAUGUUAUUAAUCUUUUCAAAGUUCAAACUUUCUCCCAAGUUUUUUAUUAUACCAAUAGUAUAAUUUUCAAUCGUAUUAUAAGUCAAUCAAGAUAUUGUACCAGAUCCAAAGCCAUUCAAAUCAGACUUAAUAUAUCGGCUAUUGAAGAUUGGUUAAGAUCUCAUGAUUUACAAAUCAAUAAACCGGAAAAUAUUGGUGGAUUGAAUAAGUUGGUUCACGAUACAUCUGUUCAAUUAGCCAAUUUAGCAUUUGAGACUCCUGUCAAUAACGCUGAUGAUGACGAAGAAGAUGGAAAGAAGAAAUCAGAUGAAACAAAUCAUUCUAAAAAGAAUCCUCAUAAUUUAGAAUUCUUUUAUAACCCAUUAUAUUACAUUGGAAAAACUCAAUUACAACCUGCCAUUGAAUUAUUACAAUAUUUACAAUGUUUAUCCCUGUUAGUGGAUGAAGAAAGUUUAAUCAUGACCAUUAAUCAAUUUGAUUGUUUGAAUUAUUAUCAAUUAUACAAAGUGGUUAACAAAUUGUAUAAAUAUGAAGUUGAUGAACCAAAGAUGCCUAAGAAAAUUGUAUAUUUAAUCAAGAGUCUUUUGAAUGAACAAGGUGAAGCACAAAUUUCAAGAAGUUAUUUACAUUAUAUGACUCAAAGUACAUUUCUUUCCAAGGAAGUAUAUGUUUAUUUGAAUCCUAAUUAUAUUUUUGGGGUGGCAUUACCUAAUCUUACUGAAUUGAUUAAUAUUUUUGGAUCUGGUAUUGGUGGAGUUCGAAUCUUAAGAAGUAAGAAAUAUCAACCAUCAUUACCUGUCACUAUAUUAGAUGAUGUGGAAGAAAUAUUCCAAGAGAAUAAGAGUAAUAAUUACAAUGAUACUUAUGAUUAUGAAAAGGGAGAACAAGAAGAUGAAGAAGAAGAAGAUGAUGAUGAUUAUGAACAUGAUGGUAACUUAGCCCUACAACAACCAAUCAAAUCCACCUAUGAUAAUGGUAAUAAAAAGAUUAAUGAUUUCAAAGGAGAUGAAUUGUUUAAACAAGUUUUACCUCCAAAUACUUUAGCUCAUAAAAAUUGGGGUGAUGAUGAUAAUGGAGAGAAUUAUGAGGAUAAUCCAUGGUAA